AAUAAUGUUUGUCUUUGAAUAUGUUCGAUAAUUAAUGUCUAAUUAAAAAUUUGUUUGGUAAGUUUUGUAGUUGAGAUUCUAAAUAAUAUGUGUAUUAAACCAAAUUUAAAUUUAAAAAGCUUGUUUGAACAAUUGUCGAAAAUCUUAUUUGAAUAAAAAAAAUCUAUAAUAUCAACCAAAUAAAAUCAAUAUAUGUAUUGUAUGGAAAUAAAAAUAAAAUUAUUGAGUUAAAUACAAGAAGAUAAAGAGUAACUUAACCCAUGGUGGGUUAGAUGGAUCCUCUCUAAAGGAAGAAAUCUCAUAUAAAUUGAGUUAGGGAUAUUGAAUAUCUCUCUAAGGGGUUGUUUGGAGUGCUGAGAUGAUAUUAGAUAUGAGGAGUUCUGAUGUCUGGAGAGCUUUGAUCGAGUAUAAACGAUCGAGUAUGUUCAAGCACUGAGACGAUAUAUGGUACACGGAAGAAAAAUGACGGUGAGAUACGAAACACAUUCCGAAAAUGGGCCCACAAACAAUUAAAAUUGGUGAGAUAAGAUGAUGAGUCUCCAAACACUAGAAUGAUAUAGGAUGUGAGGAUAUACCCUCUCAUGUUGGGCCCCCAAACACCCCCUAAGAGAAGUCAAACUAUCAGAGGUUAAUGGACCCAAAGGAAUGACCCGUGGAAGUUUCCUUGUUGCAGAGCCACCCGUCCCCUCCGAAUUCGACUUUGUAGCUUUCAUUUGGAAUGAAAUAUAUAUCGACAGGGUCAAAUAACACAUCAACUCUAGGAUCUAAAGCUUGGUUGUUCUCCAUGAGCAAAAACAAACUAGAUAGAAAAUUUACCUUAAGAACGACGAGUGGAAGUUGGAAUAGGAGAUGUCAAUGGAGAUAUGGCAAGCUAAGACUAAUAUAAGGAAGAUUGGCACGAAAACAAAAGAUAUUGGCAAAGUAGAAAAGUGAGCUCGCAUAUGCUAAUUUAGUAUAGACUUAGUGGUUUACGUUAAGAUAAUCUAUAGAGGUCAAGGCCAAAGACAAGAGUGUGUUGGAUAUAUAUAGUGAAAGAAAGUGAAGGUUUGGUGAAGAUUUGAAACAUAAAAUGAAUUUAAUUGUGUAGAUUAAAUUUAUUGUUUAGAAACUUUCAAAUCGGAUUGAAACUUCAAAUUAAAAUGAUGUUUUAUGUACAAAUUAACAUGUACGAAAGUUAAAUUUGUAGUUUCUUCAAUUUGAAUGAGUUAUGUUUGAUUUUUGUCAAAUAACAAUUCAAUUGAGUUAAAUUUGACAAAUAUUUCAAUUUUUUUAUUUAUUUGAUUCUAUUUUGUAUUUUAGGGAGUUACUAAGUUGCUAGCCUAUAUAUAGCAACUUGAUUCUUGAUUUGUAGCAUCUCAUUCAGAAGUGAAAAGUUCUCUUCUUUUUUUUUUCUUUCUUUUGUUCUUGAGUUGAGUUGAGAGCUAGUAUCCAAGAGUUCUGUCAGAUCCUAGUAGUUCGAGGUUACAGUUCUACCAGUGUUAGUCGUUGUAUCUUGCUGAGACGAUUGUUGUAGUCCGCUUGCAGCCUGUGCAAAGCGAAUAAUUUUCUUCAAGAUAGCAUUUAUCAGAAGCAUGCCUCGACUACGUUUUGGAGUCUCCAAAGAUUUUGAUGUUCUUUCAAGUAUUUGGUUAUUUUCAUAUCUAAGUUUUAUUACAUCAUCUGGCUUAAGUUUGAGUUUGAAUACUAUACAAUUAUUUCAAGUUGAGGUGCAUUUAGUUUUCUAAUAUAUUCAGUUAAUAUAUAUUCUAUUUUCCCCAACAAUCUGAAGACAAUAAGUAUUUAAAUUGAUGGCUGCAAACUCCUCCACCAAUAUUUUUACUUCUGUCGUGAUGGGAUCGCCCAUUGCCAAACCUCAUACUUUAAAACCAGAUAAGAUCAAAGAAGACAAUUUAAAGAGGUAGCAACAGAAGAUGAUUUUUUAUCUCACCACACUAAAUCGUGCUAAAAUUUUGAAGGAAAGAUUGCCCAAUUACCCCAACCCGAAGCUGCCACUCCUAAAAUGAAAGUUGUGAAGCAAGCAUGAAUGCAUUUGGACUUCCUAUAUCGUAAUUAUAUACUUAGUAGUAUUGAGAACACUUUGUAUAAUGUCUAUUGCAAUGCCUACGUUACAUCAAAAGUAUUGUGGGGGUCAUUAAACAAGAAGUACAAGCUGGAAGAUGCUAGUACUAAGAAAUUUCUUGUGGAAAAUUCUUAGAUUAUAAGAUGAUUGAUACCAAGUUGGUAGUCAAUCAAAUGGAAGAAUUGUAAAUUAUCAUUAGUGAUUUGCGAAGUGAAUGAUUGGACAUCAGUGAGCUAUUCUAAAUUGCUGUUGUGAUUGAGAAGCUGCCUUCUUCCUAUAAGGACUUCAAAUGUUAUCUCAAAUACAAGCGAAAGGAGUUAUCCAUGGAGAACCUUGUGGUAAAACUCCAUAUAGAAGAUGAUAACAGAAAAGGAGAUAAAACUCCACUAGAAGUUGAAGCCAAGGCUCACAUUGUUGAAGCUUCAAAACAUAAACCCAAGAAGUAAAAUUUCAAAAAGCAUCAUGGCAAAAGAAUGAUCCUAGCAAGUGCAUUCGAGGAAAUUGUUGCAUUUGUGAUAAGAGUGGCCAUACGAUUGCAAUGUGCAGACACAAGAAGGGACAAAGUUCCAAAAUCAAGCGAAUGGCGUGGAAAAUGACGAUCGGGUUGCCAUCAUUUUUGAGGUAAAUAUGACUUAAGACACCAAAGGUUGGUGGAUUGAUACUGGUGUUACUAGAUAAAUUUGUAAGGACAAGUCAUUGUUCAUUACAUAUGAGAAGAUAGAUGGCAGCGAUAAGUUGUUCAUGGGAAAUGCUUCAACUGUCUUUGUGGAAGGAAAAGAGAUCUACUAAAAUAGACUUCUAGAAAGAUACUUACCCUCAAUAAUGUGUGGCAUGUGCCAGAAAUUCAAAAAAAUCUAGUUUCAGGAAUCCUACGUAACAAAAAUGGGUUCAAGCUUGUAUUUAAGUCAGAUAAAGAAAAGGCUAUUUAAGUAAUGACAUGUUCAAACUAAAUGUACUGGCUCAAAUGUGAAAGCAUAAUAAUAAUAUCAAUUCUUCUACUUAUAUUGUUGAGUUGUGUGAUGUUUGGCAUUCUAGAUUGGGACAUGUCAGUUAUCAUUCUUUAAAUAUAAUGGUAAGCUUGCCGAAUUUUAACAUUGAUAAUAGGCACAAAUGUGAAGUUUGUAUUGAAUCAAAGUUUACUAGAAAGUCAUUUCCAUGUGGAAAGAAGUAAUGAGUUACUUGAUUUAAUCCACAAUGAUGUAUGUGACAUAAAAAGUACUACCAUACGAGGUGGUAAGAGAUACUUAGUCACAUUCAUCGAUGAUUCUCGUAAAUAUUACUAUAUUUAUUUAUUACAUAGUAAAUAUGAAACCUUUAAUAUUUUUAAAACAUAUAAGGUAGGAGUUGAAAUACAACUUGAGAAGAAAGUAAAGGUGCUUAGACCAGAUAGAGGUGGUGAAUAUGAAUCAUCAUCACGUUAUGAAUUCUGUGAAGUUAAUGGUAUAAUCCAUUAAACUAUAAUACCUUAUACAUCACAACAAAAUGUUGUAGCUGAAAAAAAGAACCGAACUUUAAAGGACAUGGUUAAUUGCAUGUCACAUAGUUUAGGUUUACCUCACAAUUUGUGGAAGGAGAGGGGAAGCUUUGCUGAUAGAAAAUUUUAUGAACCUAAUUUUGAGUUCAAAAAAGUUUACAACACAUAUGAACCUAAUUUUGAAUAAAAAGUUUCAAAACAAAAAUAAUAAUCAUAAAAGUAAAUUAUUUAGAGUUCAAAAAACUAAACCAAAUAUCCCACACAUAUGAACCUAAUUUUGCACCCCAAAUAGAGACAUAUGAACUCAGAUCAAAUAAUUCUGUAUCCAAACAGAGACAUAUGAACUCCAUAGAUAUAUGAAUUUCACAAACAUAUGAACUCUCACAUAAUAUCUCAACUCAACAUCCUAGACAACCCUUAAAAGUUGUGAUUGAAUAACGACUUAAAUGAUGACUCAGUUAGUAACAAUUGAGGAGCUUGAAGGUCACUUGAGAGUUGAACAAUCAUCCAAGUUUCAGUUAUAAAAUGAAAGAUUUAGAGCUUGUUUUGUAGGCAACUCAGAUUAUGUUUUGUUUUCAGAUUCACUAAAUUUUGUGCGUUUAGUUGCCAAUCUAGAUUCGGUUUCCGAAAACUGUUUUCGAUUUCUAUGAUUCAAACGGUGUAAAUUUUGAAAACAAUUUUUUUUUUUUAUAUUUUCAGUAUAUCUAGAUUUUGAAUUCAAAUUUUUAAAAUAUAGAAUUAUAUUUAAAAUGAUAAAAAUAAUAACAAUUAUAUUACUUUUGUGUUAUAAACUAAAUUGUUUUUAUUAAAUUUAGAAUACAUAAUAUAUAUUGUACAAUAUUACCAAAUAGUAAUUAUACAAAAAUUUUAACCUAAAAUAAGUUCAAAAAUUAAAUAGUAACGGUUUAUAUUCAAAAUAGUAGCUAGUGAGUAACCAAAUAUAUUUUCAAUCACAUUUCGAAAAUUUAUUUAAAUUGAAAUUUAAUUUUUGAAUCUACUAUCAAACACAUAUCUGAAAAUAUGAAAUACAACUUUAGUAAGAAACCAUUGUAUAUCUAAGGAGACUCUAAAAAAACAACAAACUCUUUACUAAUUGAUUAAGUCAUUGACAGUCCUGAUUCAAGCAUGAGCAUAAUUUAGGUUAAAAUACAAUUUUGAUUAUACUUUUGAGUUCCAUACCAUUUUAAUGUACACUUCCUUUUGUCCUAUUUUAUUCGAAUAUUUUCCAAGUUUUCAUAAAUAAUAAAUUCUUAGAAAUGCCAAAAGCAAAACGCCAAUGAAGAGAGUACCAACCUCAAGGAUAAAGUCGUCAAUUCACAAGAGAUGGUGGGUCAAUAUUCAAUCGAAUAUUUUCUCAGAUCUUCUUGUUCAAUUCAUUUCAUUCCCAAAACUUUCGCAUCUUCUUCUUCUUCCUUAAACUACUUCAAUGGAGAGAGAGACAAAAUCAGAGCCCAAAUCGACGGCGUAUAGUCUUGGUCCCAUGUCCGUACCAAGGCCAUAUAACUCCAAUGCUUCAACUCGGCAGUUUCCUCCACACCGUCGGCGGCUUCUCCAUCACAAUCGCUCACACUCGCUUCAACUCUCCUGAUCCUUCUAACUUUCCACAUUUCCAAUUUGUUUAUUUGGACGACAGAAUCUCAGAGUACGAAACUAUGGGAUGUGGGCUAGCCAACAGCCAGCAACCAUUCUUGUAGGUGGUUCAGCCAGGAGCAAUUCGUGGCUCGGAGUGGCUCGAGGCAUUGCCCAAGGGUUUUCAAGAGAAGGUUAGUGGGAGAGGAUGUAUUGUGAAAUGGGCUCCUCAGAAACAAGUGUUGGCACAUAGGGCUGUGGGGGGAUUUUGGAGCCAUUGUGGAUGGAAUUCAACAAUGGAGAGUUUGAGUGAGGGAGUUCCUAUGUUGUGCAGUCCAUGUUUUGGGGAUCAGAAAGUGAAUGCAAGAUAUUUGAGCUAUGUUUGGAGGGUGGGGAUUCAAUUGGAAAAUGGGUUGGAGAGAGAAGAAAUUGAAAAUGGAAUUAGAAGAUUAAUGGUGGGAGAAGAAAGUAAAGAGAUAAGAGAGAGAAGCAAGAAUUUCAAGGAGAGAAUUGAAGCCUAUGUUCAGGUAGAAGAUCAGUGCUCCUCAAACACUUACUUGAGAGAGCUUAUUAGCUUAUUAUGCUCAUUUGAUAAUCCAAAGUAAUUUUCUUAGAUUUUCAAUUUUGUUAAGAGCAAAAAUAGCUUCAAUUUUAAUUACAACAUCAAUUAUGGGGAUGAAAAGUUUGAACCUCCAACCUAUAAGAAUAAGUGCAUGCCAAUUAUUGACCUAAACUUCGACUAUCAAAGUUUCUUUUAUAACAUGCAUUUAAUAACAUACAUUUUAUGGCUCCAAAGUGUAUUGAUGUCUAAUAGAUUUAUCAAAUUUGUGUCUAGUAGAUCUUUUAAUUUUCAAAUAGUCUAAUAAGUAUCUAAACUUCUAAAUUAGUGUCCAAUUGAUCUUCGAAAUAUCUGAAAAUUU